AUGAGCGGCGGGGGAGAGGUCGUGCCAAGACUCAGCUUCGAGGAAAUGCGGAGCGAGAUGAGCAAGUACGGCGUGGAGAUAACGCAGGGGACGCUGAAGAAUCCCACGACAGAAGACAUGCAGGGAGUCUACAGCAUGUGUAUAAAGCACAUCCUUAACAAAGACAUCAAUAACAUACGGAUAGAGGAAUUCACGGGGGACUUAAAAAGCUCCAUGCCUUCCAUUGAUGGGAUACAAAUUUUACCCAAUGAAGGGAAGAACCACUUGCAGGCGAUUGGAAAUUUGCGUUUCAUUCGACACUGUGAGCAAAUCAAUAAAAUUCUCUGUGUGGAUAAUACACUGAGUUAUCUAUUCAAGCCAGUCAGCAGUCACAUGACCAGACUUAUAAAUGCAUUCAUCCACUUCACCAAGUAUAAGGAGCAAAUUUACCUGGACAAUGACGUGAAAAUUAGGAAGAUCGAGGAGGGGAAGAGCGAAGACUCAACAUUGGAUGCUGAACUGAAGACAGUGAGGAACGAAUUGCAAUCCCUCCUAGACAAUUAUGAGCAAAUAAAAAACAGUGUCCUCAGUGAAAAAAAUAAAAAAAGGGAUUACGAGGAAGAAAUUAUCGACAACCAGAAUCUACUAAACGCACAACAAAGCACUAUUAUCUCUUUAAGGAGUACUAAGGACAAAAUUGUGAACGAAACGAAUGAAUUGAUAUUCCAGUUUUCUCGCUUCAGACAGAAGAAAGAAGACUUAGAAGAUCAAAUUGUACCUUCACCGGAAAAACUACAGGAAUAUAAUCACGAGUUAAAGAAUCUCCUACUGGAACAUGUGUCCUACUACGAGUCGGAUAAAAAAAAAAAUGAGGAAAUAAAAAACAAAAUAAACGUUGCGGACUUAUGCUUGAAAAAGCUUGUCGAACUGUUAACCUCUUUGACUGGCCACUUUAACGAUACCAUCAAACAGCACAUAGGGAAGAAGGACGAAUUGAAAAAUUUGGACAAGCAGUUCAAAACGUUAAAAGCUGAUAAGGAUAAUUUAACCCUGAAGAAGAAGGAUCAGGAAAAAAUUUUGCGCGACACGGAACAGUACUUUGCUGAACAGAAAGAUAAAUGGAAUGCGAAAGUUCAAGGGGAAGAGAAAAACGUCCUCGUCGUGGAGAAGAAAGUCAAUCAAAUGUAUGAACAAAUCGAUGAAGUAAACAGAGAGGCUGAUAGGGAAGCCCAAGAAAUUGACUCCAUCGUGAAGCUCAUUCAGGAUACGCUGAAUAACUACAGUCGGAACUUUGCCGCCAUAGACGACUUAACCCAGCGCACGCGGAAUUCGCACUCUCUGCUGGCUGCCAAGGUGCGCAAUCUCGUGCUGCCCUGCGCGGGGAAGCCAUAA